UGAGUGUGGGGCCCCCGCCCGCCCCGCACGACCAGAACAACGGUGACGAGGGGAGUAAGAAGGAGACUCCUAAAGGCCCUCAGUUUGAGAGCGGGCUGAUUGUCAAGAUCACACACUCACAGCCUCUGCCCGGGAAGAAGUGUGUGAAGGACGCCCUGUCUGAGAUCUCGGCGGUGGUGUACGUGGACAUCCUGGAGGGGGAGGCGGAGGGGCACGUGCGCUUUAAGACGGCCGAGGACGCGCACGCCGUCAUGGCAGCACAAGCACAGCUCCACAAGAAACACCACUGGAGACUGGAGAUCCUUUCAGGCAGCACCUGAGAAGCUCCGGUGUAACUUCUUCAGACCCCAAGGAGCAGUCAUUUCCCUGACUGAAAACAUAGUUCAAAGUCAACCCAAGGAACCAAAAUUCGCAGGAAACAUCCACUUGGGGAGGAUACAAAGGACGUGGACCAGCGCACCGUUUAUGUGGAACUUCUGCCCAAAGAUGUGACCCACAGCUGGAUAGAGCGUGUGUUCAGCCAUCGCCAAGUCCACAGGGCAUCCUAAAGGAUUUGCCUUUGUGGAGUUUGAGACUGUGGAACAGGCCCUGAAAGCCAUAGAGUCUGUAUUAGGUGCGGAAGUGUUUCAUGGCUUCCGAACAUGAACCCUGACAGCAGAAUGAAUGGUGGUUGAUUAUGGUGCUGAUCCGACAUCUUCCUGUCCUGUCCUCCUUCCUGCCAGGUAUAAGUACUUAACCGACUUCUAGGUUUGGACACCAGUCAUGACUGACACCGAUAAGAGACCUUCGGGUGGAGAUACCUCUAGUAAAAACCCGAACGAGGAGAAGAAGGAAAACGAGAAGAAGAAGCGAUCUCGGGUGAAACAGUUACUGGCAGAUGUCAAAAAACAAGUGGAGUUCUGGUUUGGCGACGCAAACCUCCAUAAGGACAGGUUCCUGAAACAACUCAUCAACGAGUCGAGGGAUGGAUAUGUAGACAUAUCAGUGUUGACAACAUUCAACCGAAUGAAGAAGCUCACUACAGAUGUGAAACUAAUUGCCAGAGCAUUGAAAAACUCAUCCAGGGUGGAGGUCAACCUAGAAGGAACCAGAAUUCGCAGGAAACAUCCACUUGGGGAGGAUCCAAAGGACGUGGACCAGCGCACCAUUUAUGUGGAACUUCUGCCCAAAGAUGUGACCCACAGCUGGAUAGAGCGUGUGUUCAGCCAUUGUGGUAGCAUUGUGUACAUCAGCAUCCCCCGGUACAAGUCCACAGGGCAGCCUAAAGGAUUUGCCUUUGUGGAGUUUGAGACUGUGGAACAGGCCCUGAAAGCCAUAGAGAUGCUGCACAACCCCCCUGAGGAUGCCCCACGCAAGGCUGGCAUGUUCCCCAAGACCAAGAACAGAAAACCCCUUCUCCUGGCUGAGGACUCCACACGAGAGGACGAGGAGGACGACAAGAAGAAGAAAAAGAAGAAGAAGUCUCGCAGCGGGAGGCGGGAGAGUGGCCCUCAGCCUGCCGCCAUGGAGACGACGGGCUCCACCAAUCAACAGGAGGAGAAGGGCGGCCAGGCAGAGGCUGCAGAUGUGAAGAGCCAGCCGCUACCACAGGGUGGCAGCCAUGUGGAAGUGCAGAGGGAGGGGGGUGGUCAGACGAAACCCCUCGCCAAACGUGCGGAAAAGAAGAGACGGCGCUCGCAGGGCACGGAGGGGCCAGACGACAGCAGCAGCGGGCAAGACGGGAUGCCUGCCAAGAUGAGGAAGCUGGACGAAGAGUCCGAGAGUGACAUGAAAGAGUCUGCAGCUGAAAGCGAGAAGCAGGACGGGGGAGAUGAGAAGAAGGAUGACUCCCUGCUGAAGGCCAAGAGGAAACGCAAGAAGAAGCACAAGGAGCGGCUCAAGAUUGGAGAAGAGAUCAUCCCUCUCAGGGUGCUAUCCAAGAGGGAGUGGCUGGAGCUGAAGGAGCAGUACCUGAAGCUUCAGAAGAGUAGCAUGGCCGCCCUCAAGAAGUCCAUGAAUGACAUCAAACCCAGAACAGAGGCUGCCAUGGAAUGUGACGCCUCGGCCGGCGCCGCCCCGCACGACCAGAACAACGGUGACGAGGGGAGUAAGAAGGAGACUCCUAAAGGCCCUCAGUUUGAGAGCGGGCUGAUUGUCAAGAUCACACACUCACAGCCUCUGCCCGGGAAGAAGUGUGUGAAGGACGCCCUGUCUGAGAUCUCGGCGGUGGUGUACGUGGACAUCCUGGAGGGGGACGCGGAGGGGCACGUGCGCUUUAAGACGGCCGAGGACGCGCACGCCGUCAUGGCAGCACAAGCACAGCUCCACAAGAAACACCACUGGAGACUGGAGAUCCUAUCAGGUGACCACGAGCAGAGAUACUGGCAGAAGAUCCUCGUUGACCGUCAGGCGAAGCUCAACCGGCCGCGGGACAAGAAACGAGGCACAGAAAAGCUCAUCGCCAAGGCCGAGAAGAUCAUCGUGGCAAGAGCCAAAGAAGCUAGCAAGCACAUCCGCUUCAUGGAGAACUGAUGGCUGGCACACACACACACACACACACACACACACACACACACACACACACUACAUAAACACACACACACACGCAUAAACACAAACACACACAUAAAAACUACUGUAAGACACACACACGACACGCACGCACACAUGGUGGUGCCUACUCAUGUAUAGUGGUUGGUCCUGAACUGAUAGCAUCGUUAAUUUGGCACAGGUUGUCAGUCUACUGAAUGUUGCAUUUGGCUUCAAGUGAAAGUGACCCUGACUGGUAGCCAGGGCUUUCUUUAUCAUUCAUAGACCUUGUGGAAGUGUUGUCAAUCGUAGGAAUUUUAAAGGAUGCUGAAUACCGUGUUAAAAGUUAUUUGACUAUUUUUUUAUGCCCAAUUUAGGUAUUUUUUUAAUUAUAAAAUGCCUCUGUAAAUUGUAAAUAGGAAUUUUGCUUAAAAGCCAUCCUCAAACCUUCUUUGUUAUGCAAAGUCCAGCAUCUCCAGGUUGUGUGGUGUUAUUUGUUUGUUUGUUUGUUUGUUUUUUAAAUAAACUUCAAAACUUCCAAAGUA